AAACGAGAAGUAGGCGUGGUAUAUGGCUGUUGACGUGCUUUCCCGCUUGUCGAAACACGGGUGGUUUUUGAGCUAGUAUGGAUGUUUAUAUCAGCCGUCGGCGGCUCUGACAGGAAGGGAUUCGCCCAGUUUGGAGAGUGUUCAGUUGGCAGAUAUGGUGAGACACAGCAUGAUGAUGGAGAUGCAAGCCUUCCAGCACUCGCUCCAGUUUCGGGGUAACUCCCUGGCUGUGGGCCAAGUAGGGCAGUGUCAUGGUGAACAGCAGCAGAAUGGGAUGACCUCAGAGGACAGGCAGCACCACGCUCAAGUCCAAGCAGCCGAAGUUGAGCUCAGCCAGCCUUUGAAUAUCCCAGAUGCAUUGAAACGAAAGAAGAAGAAAAGAUCAAGAGCGACAGACAGCUCCACUGGCACCUUUGAUGACCUCUACAAGCUGACUAAUGAGGUUCUUGGUCAGGGGGCCUAUGCUAAAGUCCAAGGAUGUGUAAGCCUGCAGAAUGGACAGGAGUAUGCUGUGAAGAUCAUCGAAAAGAGUGCAGGACACAGCCGCAGCCGAGUCUUUCGAGAAGUGGAGACUCUCUACCAGUGUCAAGGAAACAAGAACAUUUUGGAAUUGAUUGAGUUCUUUGAAGAUCACACCUGCUUUUAUUUGGUGUUUGAAAAGCUGCGAGGUGGGUCUAUUCUUACGCACAUCCAGAACCGGAAGCACUUUGAUGAGCUGGAGGCAAGCAAGGUCGUUCGUGACAUCGCCCAAGCUCUUGACUUUUUACACACAAAGGGUAUUGCUCACAGAGACCUCAAACUGGAGAACAUCCUUUGUGAAUGCAUUGAUCAAGUAUCACCAGUUAAGAUCUGCGACUUUGACCUGGGAAGUGGCGUGAAGCUCAGCAGCGCCUGCACACCCAUAACCACUCCAGAGCUCACUACGCCGUGUGGCUCUGCAGAAUACAUGGCUCCAGAAGUGGUGGAAGUGUUCACUGAUGAGGCGUCCUUCUACGACAAGCGCUGCGACCUGUGGAGCCUCGGAGUUAUCCUCUACAUCCUGUUGAGUGGCAGCCCCCCCUUCACAGGCCACUGUGGCAGCGACUGCGGGUGGGACAGGGGGGAAACAUGCCGCACAUGUCAGAGUCACCUGUUCGAGAGCAUCCAGCUGGGCAAGUACGAAUUUCCAGAAAAGGACUGGGCUCACAUCACAAGUGCUGCAAAAGAUCUCAUCACCAAGCUGUUGGUGCGAGAUGCCAUGCUACGCCUCAGUGCGGCUCAGGUCCUAGAGCACCCUUGGGUGCAGGGGAACGCACCAGAAAGGGGUCUUCCAACUCCUCAUACUCUACAGAGGAACAGCAGCACCAAAGACUUGAGUCAAUUUGCAGCAGAAGCCAUCGCCUUCCACAGGCAGCUGUCGCAGCACGACGAGCAGCAGGAGGACUCGGCCGUCGCAGUCGUUUGCUCCAUGAGGCUUUCCCCUCCGUCCAACUCUAGACUGGCACGUAGGAGGGCACAGUCCAACGCCCUCCGCACUACAAACGACACGGCUGAUCUCACAGCCUGAAGGAGACACUCAGCAUCCUGUCAUCCUUGUUUUCUGACCUCUUCUAUCCUCUGUGUGUUUUAGCAGCCUGUUAUCUUAUCACUUGGCAGCACUUCCUCUUGGAAAACACGGGUAGAUUAGUGACAUUAUCCAGGAUGCAUGAAACACAGACUUUCUUUUCUGAAAGUACAUUUUUCCCCAAUGUGAGAGUUAAAGGGUUACAUUUGAUCUUGUCACUAUAUGAAUUAAGAAUGAUCUUUUUAAUUUUUUGUAAUGUGUGCAUUUAUGAAGCCUAUCAGUGUAUGUGAAGUGAAGUGUUUGGAUGCAUGUGAUUUUUUUUUAAAGCUAUGCUCAGAAAAGGUAGACGUUUGUCACCCGCAAGUAGGUUGUGUUGAACUGAAAUGACCAGAAUGUGAUCAAUCUUUUCUUCUAUGAUGAGCUUUGACAGACACAAGCUACCUGUAGCACUGAUGUACUUUAAACAUAAGCAAGCCUGCUUCAUUUUAGAAGGAUUUUACCCUUCAUGUACUGUAUAUUGUAAAUGCCCUUCAUUUAUGUUUUGAAGAGUGAGAGUCAGAGUCUUGUCCCUCAGGCUCUUUUUGUACCAACACAGGGAGACCAGUGUUUCUUUUUGGUUAAACCUGAUUCCACUUCCACCUUUUCUGUUUGCCAACUUGGAAGACUCAUUUAGUUUCUUGACAAUUGUCAGAGGUAAUUUAAGAAAUGCUUAUAUAAAGAAAGAUAAGUGAUUACAGUACAUUCUAUUUUUAUAUGUGCUUUUGUCUUGUU